CUGACCCUCCCCCUCUCGGCCUCUCCCCACUCGCCCCGUCUGCCGUCUCCCCCCUUCGGUUUCUCUCCGCCAGGAGGCCGCCGGUUUCCGCCCGCGGAAUUCCCCGCGGCGCGCCGCCGGCCCGCCCCGUUCGUCCCCCCACCGGAUCCGAGCUCGCCAUCUCUUGGUCACCCUCUGCGUUCGGUCGACCCCUGGCUGGGAUUGGGGUUCCCCCCGGGCAUCCGUUGCUUUCCUCACUCUCGUUGAUUUGAGCCUCACACUGGAUAUUUUCUUAUGGCAUCUGAUAUGAAACCGCUUAGCGACCAAAAGGAUGAGAUACCCUCCCGUUCCGUGGAGAACUGUGGAGUUUCCAAACAAGCUUGUCAUGGCAAAUCCCAAAGCUGUGACAGCGAUGUAAAACCAUUUUGUGCUGAAGUCAUUGGAAUUUCCUCAUUGAUUGGGAGUCAUACUGAUGGGAAGGCUUCAAAAGAGAACUGUGGGGCAUGCAGUUUCACUUAUGAUCAUGCUGAUGCGAUAGUAGAAGAUGUCAAGGUUGCCGUGGCAAGGUCAGGUCAUGCUGAGAGUGCUGAUCAUGAUGGCUGUCAGACUGCCAAAAAUAGAAGUUGCAUGGCUGUUGAUGAUCUGCCGCAGGAGUUUGAGAGAGAGCAAGCUGGGGCUACACUUGAGGAGCUGUUUUUCUCUAAUGAUGAAGAGGAAGAUGACAGUGACUGGGACCCUUCCAGUAGCCUUGUUGUGAAUAGGUGGUUUUGCUUGAACUGCACAAUGCCAAAUGUGGACGAGAUUACUAAUUGCCUGAAUUGCCAUGAGCUUAAGGGAUCAGUUGUAGGUGGAUACGAUGCUUUUAAAACUCAGAUUGCACAGGCUGCUUUGGUAUCUCCUGACACAGAAUUACCACCGGUGUCUACAGCGAUUGGUUUUGAUGAAAGAAUGCUGCUCCACAGUGAGCAGCUAGAAAUCAAACCAAAUCCACAUCCAGAAAGACCGGACCGCCUUCGCGCAAUUGCUGCCAGUCUUGCUGCUGCAGGAAUCUUUCCCUCAAAAUGUGCUUUGGUACCCCCUCGGGAAAUUACCAAGGAGGAACUCCUAAUGGUUCAUACUCCAGACCACAUUGAAAGUGUUGAGCAGACAAAAAACAUGCUUUACAGUUACUUCACUUCGGAUACUUAUGCGAAUGGACACUCAGCAUGUGCCGCCAAACUUGCAGCAGGACUAUGUGCUGAUCUUGCUAGUUUGAUAGUAUCUGGGCGUGUUCACAAUGGCUUUGCAAUGGUGAGACCUCCUGGGCAUCAUGCAGGGGUGAAGCAAGCAAUGGGUUUUUGUCUUCACAACAAUGCAGCAGUGGCUGCAUUAGCUGCAAAAAGAGCAGGUGCAAAGAAAGUCCUCAUAGUUGACUGGGAUGUGCACCAUGGAAAUGGCACACAAGAGAUAUUCGACGGGGACAGCUCUGUAUUGUACAUAUCACUACAUCGUCAUGAGUAUGGAAACUUCUAUCCUGGAACUGGAGCAGCAGAUGAGGUUGGAAUUCUCGAUGGUCAAGGUUUCUCGGUUAAUAUACCUUGGAGCCGUGGUGGUGUUGGAGACAACGACUACAUCUUUGCUUUUCAGACCGUGGUGCUUCCAAUAGCUGCAGAAUUUGCCCCAGACAUCACAAUAAUAUCUGCAGGAUUCGAUGCAGCUAGAGGUGACCCUCUUGGUUGUUGUGAUGUUACUCCGAUGGGAUACUCUAUAAUGACAUCCUUGUUAUCUGAUUGCUCAAAGGGAAGAUUGUUGGUGAUACUUGAGGGAGGAUACAAUCUUCGGUCGAUAUCUUCAUCAGCUACUGAAGUUGUUAAGGUUUUAGUUGGCGAAAGUUCAGGUUUUCAUUUUGAAACUGCACCAUCAAAAGAGGGCUUGAAGACUGUUUUACAAGUCCUGAAGAUUCAGCAACAAUUUUGGCCAGUUUUAGGUCCAACCUAUGCAUCACUGCAGGAACAGCAGGGGUCGGUUUUUUCCAAAUCUACUAACAAAACUAAUGAGCUGAGGAAAAGGAAGCAUUCAGGAGGAUCAGGGCCCUUCUGGUGGAAGUUUGGAAGCAAAAGGCUUCUGUACAGAGUGCUAUAUGAGGGCCGCUAUCUGAGGAAGAUCAAGGUCUCUGGAGAAGGAAAAACUAUUGAUUCAGCAGAGCCUUAGACGAUGCCCUGACUGUUGUUCUUCUAGACAUGAACAGCUUUGUCUGACUGGGGUUCCUAAAGCAGCGUAGCUUGUGCUUACCUAGAGUCAAGUUUUGACUGGUUACUUGAAUUGUGGUCGACCGGUGUAGAUGCAGAAAGCCAGCAACCCCAUUUAGUUGACAUGUGUUGUUGUUCCAGCCGAUGUAUCAUGCUACCCCUUUUCUUGGCUGCUUCGUACCAUACUAGAUGUUAGCCUCAGCGUUAGCAACAUAGCCUGAUUGGAGUCUGCAUUCCCGUUAGAGUUAUUUAGAAUGCCAUUGAUGUAUGUAGCAGAUCGUCUAUGGGAAAACCUUGAACAUUUGGAAUGGCAUCCGAGUCUUUAGCUUCUAUCAUUGUGUACCGAGUUUGCGGAUUCUGUGUGUGGCUGACUCAAUGUCUGAUGCACAUUUGUUACUCUGGGAUCUACCAAUUUCUUUGAAGCAUA